AUGAAACAGCCCAGGAUGGAGGAUUUUCCACGCCGUUUUCCAGACCCUCCUCUUCACUUGGAGACUCCGUUUUCUCGUCCUCUCGGUAUUUCUCCAGUACCGGUACCAGGUUCUGGAGUAAGCAGCGCAUUACGGAACGAUUUAGGCUCCAACAUCCACGUUUUAAAAACCCUAAACCUGCGCUUUCGCUCAUUCCUGGCUAAAGUGCAUGAUCUGGAGCGCAGGAACCAAGUGCUGGAGACUCAGCUCCAGCGUGCGUUAGAGGAGUGCCGAUAUAGAGCCUUUUUAUCCAGGGAACAAGGCGUCCAAACCGACUCCGACUGUCCGCUUUCGGGCCCGUCACGCGAGCCCAGGACACCCGGGAAUAUCUGGACUAUCUCGCCCAGCAGGAGGGCUGGAGGCCGGCUGGAGCUGCAUCGUGGACCCGGAGUUUCAUGGACUCAUCCGGAUGGAGUAGGAGUGCAGAUCGACACCAUCACCCCUGAACUCAGGGCCAUCUAUAACGUCCUGGCUAAAGUCAGGAGAGAAAGGGAUGAGUACAGGAGAAGAUGGGAGGAGGAGUGGUCCAAGUGCCAAAAAAUGGAGUCCAUGGUCAAGACCUUUCAAGAUAGUGCUGAGGAGUCUGAUGCCAUACAGAAAGAACUCAAUGAGAAAGUGGAACGCCUUAAAACAGAACUCGUCGUCUUUAAAAGUCUCAUGUCUGAUCAAAUGUCAGAUUUGGACUCGAAAAUUCAAGAGAAAGCCAUGAAGGUAGACAUGGAUAUUUGUAGACGUAUUGACAUCACUGCCAAGCUCUGUGACGUGGCUCAGCAGAGAAACUCGGACGAUAUGAUGUUUCAUGUCAGUCCUUCGAGAGCUCCUGCCGACCAGAAAGGGGUGGCAGCGGUAUGUAAAAAGAAGGAGCGUAAAGGAGUAUCUGAAGAGGAAAAUGCUGAAAUGUCUGAGGCACCCAGUACAGACCACAAAGAGGAGGGUGCUGGAUCUCUCAACAUCACAGAUGAGAUGAAGCGUAUGCUCAGUCAGCUAAUCUCCCCUGAUGUUUUUUGUGUUGCCAGGAGGGAGACGUUUGAGUUUGAUGAUGAUUGUGACAGUCUGGCCUGGGAGGAGACUGAGGAGACUCUGCUGCUGUGGGGAGACUUUUCUAACAGCCCUGUUGUUAACUCCUCUUCUAAUGGUGCUGCAGCUACAAGCGCUCUCUCUGCGACAGCCUGUGCUGCUGAGUACAAUGGAGAAACACACGAGCAGGAUGGAAAUCUGCGCAGUCUGAUAAACGAGACUGAGUCUGUUUUUAAAACCAGAGAGCAGGAGUACCAGGCUACCAUUGGCCAGAUUGAGCUGGAACUUGUCACAGCAAAGAAUGACAUGACCAGGCAUUUGCAUGAGUAUAUGGAGAUGUGCAGUAUGAAGAGGGGACUGGAUGUGCAGAUGGAGACUUGUCGUAGACUCAUCCAGGGUUCAGAAGCCAGUGGCAGAUACUCACCCACCUUCAGACUUGCAGCAAGCAGUGACUCCGGUAACUCGGAUGACAUACAAGACGGACUGGACCGAGAUGGAGAGAGGAGUGUAGAGACAGACAGAGAUGCAGAUGUAAAAGUGGAUGAACAGACAGAGGUGAACGGGGAGGUUAGUUGAUGAUCAGCCCCCUCACAACCCCCUUAAUCUCUAGCUUUUAUGCUUUCUGUGAGAUUUUAUAAAUCUGGACGCUAUAUAAACUGUUGAGGUCUGGGAUAAACUGAACCUGUUCAUAUCAGAUUAAAGGAUGAUCUACUGACACUGUGUCUUCAUCAGCACCAACGUGGUCGUCUUUCACACUGGCUUGCCGAUCUACAGUAUAAAGAACAUAAAUCAAAUAUGUGAUUCAAUCCAAAGUGUUUUUUAGAAGUUCUAAUGGGUAAUGCGAAAAUAAUAUGUUCUCCUCAAUCAAAUCCACCUUUGACACUGUAUUGUUUAACAAUGAUCUGUAACAGAUACAGAUUUCUUGUGUUCAGGUCACAUUUCAAAGUCCUCUAAUAUACUACAGAAAUGUUCACAUUAAGAUGCACCAGAACGUCAUUUGUUAUCAGUUGCAGUCAGUCUGUAGCUCAGCGGUUAAGGUACUGGACUACUGAUCAGAAGGAUGCAGGUUCAGGCCUCAUUACUGCCAUGUUGCCACUGUUGGGCAAGGCCCUUAAACUGUAUUCAGUCAGAAUUGUCAGUCGCUUUGGAUACAAGCAUCUGCUAAAUGCUGAAAAUGUAAAUGAGUCAUGUGGGGUCUGAAACCCAUUUUGGAAACACUGGGCUGAAGCUUUGUCCUUAAGCUGUACACUACCAUGCCUCCCAAGAUACUAUUAGAAAAAAUAUUACGCAGUUGGUUUUGUGUUUAUUAAUUAAGAGUGGAGCAUAUUAAUUAUCUACUGUUUAUCCUUAUCAGGAUAAAGCAACAUAAAAAGAAGCGAUUAGCUGUGUGUCUGUUGGAGGGAGCGUGUGGCAGCUUCGGCCACCUUAGUUGGGGGUGGGUGUAGCAGCAGUGAGAGAGAGGCUCCAAUUGGCCACAACUGAAUUACGAUGCAAAACAGAGCGAACAAGAAGAGAAGCAUCAGACAAAUGUGACCAUGUACUUUUCCUAUUGCUAUUCGUAUUGCAAAAUUACUAUCCUCAGUUCCAAACGAUUAAAAAUUGCAGUUAGCACUCAGGUGCAAGGACGGAUUUAAGGAUAGUCUGGGCCCCUGGGCAAAGAGCCCCUGGGCGCCCCCCCUCCAAAAACAUAAAUAAAUGAAUACAUUAAACAACCUGUCAAUAACUAACCCUAACACAAGAAUCGAUUUUAUAUAAGUUUCUUUCUACUCUUCUUUCUUGCAAAGUCAUCCACUAAUUCAUAAAAAUUAAGCUGUCUGACCAAAUCUGAUUCAAUGGCCAGAAGUGACUGAGUUCAGGCGGUUUUGGCGCAUCCUAAUCCUGAGUUCAUUCUUAACACGAGCCAGUUUGGAGAAUGAACGCUCCCCUUCACAAUUUGUGAUGGGCACAGUCAAAAGUGCUAUGUAGACAUUUGGAAAGGUUGACUGUAAAUUCAAAUUGAUCAUGGUUUUGAGCAUUUUACUUUAUUUUAUUGUAUCAAUUCAUCUGCCAGGCUCAUGUUCAGAUCUGAAGGACAUGCUGCAGCGAGUGAGUUAGCCUUUAAAGUGAGCUCACUGUUGGACAUAUUGUCAGGCAUGAAAAGAACAUCAAAUAGCUCAGUUAAGUGUGUGUAUGCAUUCAAACGGUGGUUGAGACAGGACACAAGUUUGUCAAUGACAACAUUGAAAGUUUCGAUCCGAAACUUGUCCUUUCCGUUAAAUGCUACACCUGGCUCUGCACUAUCAUCAGACAUAAUUUUGCGCUUCUUUGUACGCUGGAGGUAAUGCCUGUACUCUUGGGAGACAGCAGUGGUGACAUUUAAAGCUGCCCCUUCAAACACCUCAAAGUUAUCUCUCUGUGCUGCCAAAGUCGCCAUGCUCAGGUGGCACAUCAGUUCAACAUGCUAGUACACCACUGUGGAGUCUCAGCACUGCUACCGACCUGACCAGGCCUCUAGCAGACACAAUUGGCUGUGUCUAAGUGGAGGAAGUUUAGAUGGGGUUUCUCGUUCCUGCCACUGCAAUAUGUGAUCUCUGGGAAUGGGCUGGAAGCUGGCACAAGUCAUUCACUCUCUACCCACAGCCUUCACACUUAAUCAUCAUCACCCAAAUGUGAUGCCACAUUUGUUUUGAUUAUUUUAAUCAGUUGUUUAACACGGGUAUGAAUAUUCAUACACUAAGAAAAGCUACUGUAGAAAAGACAUACAAAUAAAAUACAAUCAAUUAGCCACACAAUGUACUUUUUUAAAUUAGUCUAGUUGUUUCAUAAUGCCCAGCAAUACACACAUCACUGCACUAGUAAAUCAGACAUGAUUUUGUGCACUGACGACUAUGCAAUAAGCAUAACAUGCCAUUUUUUACUAUUUUUAGUCUUUAGUUCUUAUUUUCCUGUUAUGCAGGAGGAUAUUAAGCUUUAAGUGUUCACAAAGAGCUAGUGAUGUCGAAAUAAUUGUAAAUAUGAACCCUUGUGCCUGCGACUAUACACUAUAUUUUCUUUGAUUUGUGGAUCUUUUUUAUUUUUGAUCAUUAUGUGCUUUAAAAAUGAGAACUGUAUUUUUAAAUACAGUUUUCAGUGCUUAUGUAUUCUAAUCCAGGUCAAAAAUAAUCAGAGGAUAUUUAAAGUGUGCAUUGUAAAUCAUUAAAAAAAACAAAAAAAAAACAACAACAGGGAAGCCAGACCCCUGUUGCUCCUCAGGUUUUGUCUUGAAACUGUUACUUUUUAGUUGCAUUUUUUUUAACAUUUACAAUAAAUUAUGCACUUUUCACAUUUUACAGCAAAAAAAGAUUCACAUCAAAAUAUUAUUGUUAUUGAUUGAACUGUAUUACAUUUAAAGUGCUUUUAGUUCUUACAUAAUGAUUAUAAUGCAGAGUUUUUUUUAAAAUAAUUUUAAUAAUAAUUUUUAUUUAUGAAAAAGUCAUUUAAUAUUUUGUAUUUGAUA